AUGCGCGUGACAGUUGGCACCACAGCCGAGAACUGUGAGGCAUGGCUGGUGGAGCUGGAGGUGCCCGAGAAAACCACGGUCUCCUCCCUGAAGAAGAUCUUGGCAUCGCCGCCCCACUCCCUGGCGGUUUCUGCCAGCACCAAGGUGCUGUUUCGAGACAACGGUGUCUUGACGACACUCUUCGACAAAGAGGUUGUACAUAGUCAUGUGACCCUGCUGAAUGUGGCAGAUGACAAAGUCCUGUCCUUCCCGGAGACCUUCCUUUGGGGUGCUGCAACUGCCGCCUACCAGGUGGAAGGGGCCGCGAACCGGGACGGGCGCACACCCAGCAUCUGGGACACCUUUUGCUCGGUGCCCGGGAAGAUCCGAAACGGGGACACAGGAGCCACUGCCUGUGAGCACUACCACCGCUUCGUUGAAGACGUGGGGCUGAUGAAGGACUUGGGGCUGCGGGCCUACCGUUUUUCCAUCUCUUGGUCCAGGCUACUGCCCUUUGGCAGGGGCAAAGUGAAUCUGCGAGCCGUGGACUUCUAUACCAGCCUUCUGCUGGAGCUGAAGAAGAGCAAGACGAUCACUCCGGUGGUCACGCUCUAUCACUGGGACUUGCCGCAAUGCCUGGAAGAUGAGUACGGCGGCUGGCUUUCUCGACAGGUGAUCGCAGACUUUGAAGCCUUCGCCUCGAUUUGUUUCGAGACCUUCGGAAGACGCUAUGUGAAGUACUGGAUUACCUUGAACGACCCCUGGUGUUGCUGCGCCUUGGGCUACGCCUCCGGGGAGCACGCGCCGGGCCGGUGCUCCGCCCCCGGCAAGGAGCCGUACGCCGUUGCGCACAACAUGCUGCUGGCACAUGCGCGAGCCGUGAAGUGCUUCCGGGAAUCCUUUCAGAAGCAGCAGGGCGGCGUCAUAGGCCCGGAGAAAACGUGGCUGAGGAAUUUUGACAGCGCCGGCGCCGGUCCGCGUCCAGAGCUCGGGUUCCGCAACUCCCGGAGCCGCGCCUGGAACGGCGCCCUUGGCCACUGGCGUCGCGGCCGCGGUCGCAGCCAGGAGGUGAUGCAGGCCCUGCAGCAGGUGAAGGAUGAGGGCUUGCAGACAGACAUCGUGUCCAGCGGCUUCGUAGGCGCCAUCAAGGCAGACCGCGUCACCGGCAACAUCUCUCUGGUGCUUGAGGUGGAGGUGUACAAGUCGGAGGUGGAGCAACGCCUCUCUGAGCUGCCCUGGGCCAAAUCUGUUGAGGUCAGCGUGGGCUCAGUGAAGGCUGCGCCGCCCUCUCAGCCACGGCCAAUGCCGGAGAUACCCAAGUCGCUGGACAAGGUGAAGAACAUCGUGGCGGUGUCUUCCUGCAAGGGCGGCGUGGGAAAGAGCACGGUGGCUGUGAACCUGGCCUAUGCCUUGCACAACAAGGGCUACAAGGUGGGGAUCUUCGACUGCGACGUCUACGGGCCCUCCCUGCCGGUGAUGGUGCGGUUUCAGGAAGAGACCCCAAAGAUGGAGAUGUACCAAGACGAGCAGAAGGAGAAGCACAUCAGGCCAGUAAUUCACCCUGAGACUGGCAUGAAACUGGUGUCCUUCGGCUUUGUGGGACAUGCGGCGGUGAUGCGGGGCUCAAUGGUCACUGGGGUCAUGUCGCAGCUGGUCAACCAGACGGACUGGGGGGAGCUGGACUACCUGAUCCUGGACAUGCCCCCGGGCACGGGCGAUAUCCAUCUGACCCUGUCGCAGGUGUGUCAGAUCACCUGCGCGGUCAUCGUCACCACGCCUCAGAAGCUGAGCGUCAUCGACGUGGAGCGCGGCAUCUCCAUGUUCAGCCAACUGAAAGUGCCUUCUGUGGCCGUGGUGCAGAACAUGAGCUACAUGUCCACCGACUCAGGGCGGCAGUACAUCUUCGGGAAGACUGACGCGGGCUACGCCAUUGCCGACACCUUCGGCAUAGAGCAGGUCUUCGAGCUGCCGCUGGAGGCCUCGGUGGCCCAGGCCGGGGACUCCGGGAACCCCUUCGGCAACCAGGGGGACAGCGAGUCCUCGAAGGAGAUGGACAAACUUGCGGACUCCGUGGUCCAAGAGGUCCAGAAGAUCCAUGAAAACCGACAGCCGCCAAGGCUUUUUUGGGAUGCCCAGCAGAAGGUCUUGCGGCUGCAGUUGCCGGAGGGUAAGGAGCUGGGCAUCGACCCCGUAGAGCUCCGCCUGAGGGACAAAGGUGCGGGAGGCGUCACCCCUCCCGCGCCGGGCGUUUUCCCAGAAGAGAUCGUGGACAUGGGAAACUAUGCCGUGGUCAUCAAGUGGUCCGACGGCGUCGUUCAAGUGGCCCCCCACAAGCAGCUCAUCGAGGGAGAUGAGAAGGGGCCCAUGCAGUACGUCGAGCUCUCCGUCGCAUGA